AUGAUUUAUGGUGUAUGCGAUCAAGCAUUGUCAUACAGAAAAAUAGAUCCAUGUCUAUUGACUAAUGUUGAAUGCUGGCAACUCAUAAUAAAAGCCGUGAACAUACCAUCGGCAGUGAAAGCCGAAGACACCGAUUAUGUGAUCCUGGAUUGCGACUACGAUCUCGAAGAUACACCGAGCAACGGAUUAGUAGUAAAAUGGUUCUUCAACGCGAACGAAGUGGCCUACCAAUGGAUAUACGGUAGGGACCCUCUAGCUGGAGAUAUUACGCGGAAGUAUGUUGAUUUGAAAUAUAAAGCUAGCGAUAAUCCAUACACUACGUACCGAGCCAUGAAAUUGAACAAGCCCGGUAUCGAUCUUAGUGGCGAGUACAAAUGUGUCAUAUCCACUUUCGCGGAUGAGCAGUCUGCAAGUGCUUCCAUGCUUGUAUAUUCAACGGAAGAUAAAUUCGAUCUUGUGUAUAGGAAGAAAACUAUAAACGAUAAGAAUGGGGUAGAGAUAACGUGUAUGGCAGAAGGACUAUAUCCACAACCCACUCUAGAUAUAUCUAUCGAGGAUGUCCCAGAAAAGCAAACAAAACCUACUAUUACACUACGGGCCGAUGGACUAUACGAUAUCUUAUCACGAACAAUCUUACUUGAUGAAAAUUUACCUGAAGCAGCAAUUGUCAAAUGCUUGCUUGGUAUACCGAAGGUGAACUAUAAUAUUUCUCACAAAGCUGUCUACUAUCCCGGUUAG